AUGGAGACGGCUCUUGCCAUGGAGAUAGAUUUUGUCCGCUAUUGCCUGGAAGAUGGCAGGGCUGGACGGGUUUCCCGCAUGCCGGUGAGUGCAUUGAGCAACAUUGCCGCGCUGCAAUCGGACAUGGGCCUGCACGAUGAAGCAGACCGAAUUUGGCGGGAUAUCCUCGUCAAUGAAGAGGUUUACAGUGGCAAAGAGAACCCAAAAACCCUGCAGUCGAAGCGAAACGUCGCAAUCGGCUGCGCGAACCUGAACCGGCUUGAGGAGGCAGAGGAAAUCUUGCGCGAGGUGCUGGAGGUGAGCGAGAGGGUUCUUUGGAGGGAACAUCUCGAUACGCUGGCAACGAUGGAUCAGCUGGCGGGUGUGUUGGCCCGGCGUCACAAGACGGAGGAGGCCAUCCAGCUUUGGGAGGAAUGCCUCGAGGGCUGGGCGGAUAUUCUGGACAAGCAACAUCCUCUCACGAUGAGGACGGUGCAGGCGUUGGCGAGAAUGAGGGAUGAUCUUGCGGUCCUCGCGCAAAAGGAUUUCCAGGCUGGUGGAUUCAUGUUUUCUUGGGGAUGCUAUUUUGUGUCUCAGUAA